CAAGUCAAGGGCAGGUUCAAGCUGCAGCCGGGACACGCUCAGGAGUGAAGGUGAAAGUGACAGAAUGCUGGCUGCCAGGACCGCCUUCAAUAUCUCCACAAGGACACUGCACUUCAGGGACCAUGCAAGAUUUCUGCAGAAGUCGUCUUCGGUGGUGACCUCUGCUUCAAACCGUGCCUAUGCAACUGAGCCUGAAGGGGGUAAUAAGGCAGUGCUUGUCACAGGAUGUGAUUCAGGUUUUGGAUUUUCAUUGGCAAAGCAUCUCCACGACAAAGGAUUCACUGUGUUUGCAGGAUGCUUGUUGAAGAACAAAGGAGAUGCUGGUGUGAAGGAGCUGGACAGCAUGAAUAGUGAUAGGAUGAAGACCAUACAGUUGAAUGUUGUGAAGGAUGAAGAAGUGAACAGAGCGGUGGAGAUCAUAAAAGAAAACUUGAAAGAUGCACAAAAGGGACUAUGGGGCCUAGUAAACAAUGCUGGAAUAUCUACAUUUGGAGAAGUGGAGUUCAGCAGUAUGGAGACUUACAAAGAAGUCGCUGAAGUGAAUUUGUGGGGCACUGUCCGAACUACCAAAGCCUGUCUCCCUCUGAUUCGAAGAGCUAAAGGCCGUGUAGUGAAUAUAAGCAGUAUGAUGGGUCGCAUGGCAAACACUGCGCGUUCUCCUUACUGUAUCACCAAAUUUGGGGUAGAGGCCUUUUCAGAUUGCUUACGGUAUGAGAUGCAUCCCCUUGGAGUGAAGGUGAGUGUGAUUGAACCAGGGAACUUCAUCGCAGCCACCAGCUUAUACAGCCAAGGAAAAAUAAAAGAAAUUGCUGAAAAGAUGUGGAAAGACUUACCAGAAACCGUGAAGAACGAUUAUGGAAGAAAGUACUUUGACGAUAAAAUUGCCAAGAUGCACACAUAUUGUAAUAGUGGUUCAACAGACACCUCUUCUGUCAUGAAUGCAAUUACCCAUGCUCUCACUGCUCCAACUCCCUAUACACGCUACCAUCCCAUGGACUACUACUGGUGGAUCAGGAUGCAGAUUAUGACACACCUGCCGGGGGCCAUAUCUGAUAGGAUUUACAUCUAUUAGAUAUUUUUUGUCAAUUUAUGGUCGAGACAAUGACAUCAUAUUACCUGCCUUUACUACCUUAAAUCAUGUAAUCACUUUCAGAAUGUUGUAUUUUCUGAGGCCCUGAUCAUACUUGCGUCAAACGUUCCAAAAGCAUUUCUAAUGUUCCUGAUCAAAACGAUAGAUUGUAUGACUGGUCUGGCAGAGUGGUCUCUAAGGGUUUAUUUUUGUGUUUUUUUUCCAAGACAAUUCUUCAUCCCCUCUUAACCAUUCAUGAAACAUGACUUUUGUAAUAUACAUGCAUUACUGAUGAAGAAGACUAGUACAUGGCACAGCGUGUGGUUCUCAUGUACAUUGGUCCCAUAGUGAGAUUAUUAUUUAUUUAUUUUUUUGCUUUUUACUCCCCAAUUUUUAGGGCAUCAGCUAAUUAUGCAUGGGUCUUAGGAAGUGUAGUGGCUGGUAUUAGCAGGCACUUGUCUAGCACCCUUAUAGACUGAAACUACAGGCACACUUCACACCAGGAAGCCAAGAACUUGUUUAACGUUGGCCAGCCUGAAAUGGGGAGAUAGGCAGA